AUGUGUCGAUGGAGCUACUCCCACCACCACCACCUGCCCGGCUGCCCGCGGCCCAUCGACAUCAUCGUCCACUACCAGUACGGCGACUGCGCCAUUAUCGACCCACACACGGGCGAGAUCCUGCCGUGCGAGAACGCCCGCUUUGACGAGCUGAUGAGCCAGAUCGAUUACAACGACCCGUGUGCGACCGGCGGCUGCCUGAUGUCCCCCGAUUGCGAGUCCGGCGCUUGCCGACUGGCCCUACUCGGCGGCCGCUGGGUGUGUUGCCGAUGUGGCGGUCGAGACAACGACGGAACCUGGUGUCGUCACCGCUUGCGGAUGAGCCCUGACACCUUCUGCUACCACAGUUGCUGUUACGGGUGCACGGCUAAUUCAGGCCCUUCUUCGUCGUCAUCGGGUGGCUCCGGUUCGUGUUCAAGCCGGAAAGGGCGAAGG